CAGUCAUCUACUGACAGGUCACAUUCGAAUGGAUUGCACAUCACUGCUGAACAUGGAGCGUUUAGCCGCCAACCUGCCGUGACACUGCUGGCAUCGCCCUUGGAACGAUGGAGGAGCGUGUCGAUGUCAAGGCUCUGAGGGCCAGGUUCAGCAAUAAGGUCAGGACUUCGCCAACCUACAGCUCGCCAAGACUCCCGCAGUCCAGACCAGAGAAGAAUCUGCUCCUUCCAAGUGGUUCUCCUUCUACGGCUCUUCCACAUGUGCCAGGGCUGGACGCGGUGAGGUUCCAAACAGAAGAAACAAUGGCGGGCUCCAAGCCCGCUUUUUCCCCGCUGUCGCCUCCCAUUCCAGGAAUCAGAACGUCAGUCCAGUCCUCGAGCCACAGUAACGUGAAGCAGACGGGGCUGCUGUUGGAGAAACUGAUGCUGAGAAAUGCCGCAGGGGCCAAAAUCCCCUUUCCUGCUCCUACCUCCACACCUCUACCACUACGACAGAGGAGCACAGACAACACCAUUCCACUGAGGAGGCCUCUUCCCCCGGAAGGACCACGGCCACUGAAACCCAAACGGCCUCCUAAUGUUAAUCUGGAGAGCUUCCAGAACGUCGCACGGCGAGCUCAACCACUUCCUGCCUUGGCGAUGAGAGAAGGUUUCCCAGACUCAGGAGCAAGAGAAAUAUCCUUACCUGCGAUUCCCAGUCCAUCAUAUCCUUCUCCACAGUCCAUAAAACCAAGAAAGUUGCAGAACCAGGUCAUCGCUCUGGACAUCCAUAGCAACGAGGACACUUAUGAUGACAUUGCAAGCUUGGAGGAAAAAGAGUCCCGGAGCAACAGCAGUUCACAGACAAUGGAAGGGGAUGAGAGCGACGUGUAUGAGCAUAUUGAUGAGGACCAAGUGGGGGUGAACUGGGAUCCUGACAAGAACAAUGGAAGACAAGACCUGAAGAAGAAAAUGCAAAUAAAAAAUGAGUUAAGGACCAAAUUUCAGUUGCAAGACGAGGAGAUCCUGCACACUGCCAUAGCUCGUCACGACUGGUACGAGGGUGGAAAACGUGACCUCAAGGUGCACCAAGGCGAGAGAGUGGAGAUCCUCCGAGUGAAGGACAACCCACAGGGGAAGUGGUUGGCUCGCUCUCUGGAUGGAAAGUACGGGUACAUCAGCAACACAUGUGUGGAUAUCGACUAUGAGGCAGUGAAAUCUAUGUCGAUCCAAUCGCCGAUUUUGCCUCCGCUUCCUCCAGAUCCACCUCAGAAGUUACAUAUGGAACCCAGUAAUAGUUUGAGUCACUGUCAAAACCAGUAUGAUCGCUUUCAUCUAUCAACGGAGGAUUUCCCGCCAUCGCUGCCUGAGAUUAGCAUAGAUCCCAAAGUGGAAAAGGAGCUCAGGAAAAAAUACAAGUACGAGGGUCCACUCCGGGUAAUGCACACUAUGAUGGUGGACCCUAACGGUGUCAUGAAGAAGCCAAGGAGGAAAGACCUCCAUGUGACGCACGGCGAGGUUCUGGAUGUCAUUCAGCUUACCAACAGCAAGAAAGCUCUGUGCCACAACCGGGCAUCAGGAAAAUCUGGUUAUGUGUCAAGAAACCUUCUUCUUCCAUUUGAUGGGGACAUUUAUGAUGACAUCGAUAAUUCAAGUGAUCGCCAUGCCAAUGACUCCCUGCACACCGAUUACUAAACCACGUCAACAUACAAGCUUACUAAGAAAUCAAG